AUCCUACAAGCAGCGCGCAAAGCUUCGCUUGUCUUGCAAGGUGGCGUUUGUUCGUGCGUUGCUUGCUGGUCGCUGUUGAUAACGCCUGCUGCUUAUUGUUAUUGGAAAAGGCUGCUGAAAGCCCAGUAUCAUCAUUGGCAAGGCAGAAGCGGGAGGAACCUGAACAGGACAAGAGUGCAAGUCAGCUGUGUUUCAGGAGGUAGCCUAGCAGUGUGCUUUUUGCUCUACAGAGAGAAGACGCAAGUCGAACCGUUCACUCAAGUUUUAUUGUGACAUGAGGAAAGUGUCGCUAGGCAUGAUUUCAACGUGCAGGUGAAACCGGGAAGGAUUUUUUUUAUUUCAGUCCCACUGCACAACUUCUAAAACAAAAACGAAUAAUUUGACUUGUUUAUCGUGCGCAAGCGCUCAAAUCUUUCGCGCCACUCUCAAACGUCACACUUUCUUAUAAACUGUUAACUGCUUGGAGUGAAAAAAUGUCCCGCAAAAAGGCGGGUAAGGGCAAAAACGCCAACACCAGCCCAACGACAGGCAGCCCCAUCGGAAAACAGAACGGGAAAAGUGGGAAGUGCACCGCAGGGACCGGCAGCGUGGUGCAGGCGAACGGUGUGGUUGAUCCGAGCAGACCCUCACUCAGCAACAGCAGCGAGUUUUAUGACAUCGCAUUCAAGGUGAUGCUGGUGGGAGACUCCGGGGUGGGGAAGACCUGUCUGUUGGUGCGCUUCAAAGACGGAGCCUUCCUGGCAGGAAGCUUCAUCUCUACUGUGGGUAUCGACUUCAGGAAUAAAGUGCUGAACAUUGACAGAAUGAAGGUGAAGCUUCAGAUCUGGGACACAGCUGGACAGGAGCGUUUCCGCAGCGUCACACACGCCUACUACCGCGACGCCAACGCUCUCCUGCUGCUGUAUGACGUGACCAACAGAACAUCUUUUGACAACAUCAAGGCCUGGCUGACUGAGAUCCAUGAUUACGCCCAGCAGGAUGUGGUCCUGAUGCUGCUGGGAAACAAGGCUGACGCCACGCAGCAGAGGGUGGUGAAGAGAGAGGAUGGUGAGAGGCUGGCCAAGGAGUUUGGGGUUCCCUACAUGGAGACCAGUGCAAAGUCUGGCCUCAACGUGGAGUUAGCCUUCACUGCUGUGGCCAAAGAGCUGAAGCACAGGUCCAUGAAGGAGCCCAACGAGCCCAAGUUUAAGCUUCAGGACUACGUCAACAAGGAGAUGAAGAGUGCCGGAUGUGCAUGUUAGAGCACUCUGUGUGUGUGCAUGCGCGUGUGUGUGUGUGUGCGUGUGUGCAAGGUCAUGUGUCUUGCUCCAGGUCAGAUGUAUUACACCCAUACAUGGUGAUGUGAUGUCACUACCUGUGACCUCAGCCUGGGAGAUAGGGAGCCAGUCAUGUGUGAGAUAUAUCUACGUCACUAACCACCCAGUUUGCCCUUCCUUUGUCCUCUCUAUGCCCUCUGAAAGAAUCCAUUAUGUCCAUAUUCUGUUAUCUGUGAGGCGUCUCUCUCCUCUCCUCACCUCUCUUCCCUCUCUCCUCUCCUCUCCUCUCCUCACCUCUCUCUCUUUUCCUCUCCUUUCUCUCUUCUCCCUCCUCUCUUCUCUCCUCCUGUUUUCUGGGGACCCACUGCUCCACCUCCUUCUGCAGCUGUGAAUGUACUUCUAUAUCCAGCCAUGACUCUUACACCUAUCAGUACUGUCUGACCAUGUUAACCCUAUGACUGUCUGAUCCUGUUAACCCUAUGACUGGCUGACCAUGUUAACCCUAUGACUGUCUGACCCUGUUAACCCUAUGACUGUCCGUACCCUCUUUUACCCAUAGAAUAACUGAAUGUAUACCUCCAUGUAUAAAUCCUCCUAGUCCCUUUGAGGCCUUCAAAUUCAGCCUAACUGGUCAUUUUCAUGGUCCUUCAGACAGAUAGUGUACAUUUUCCUGGAGCACUCCACAUUACCCUAUGACCCCCGUAUUUAACCAUAUCACUGACUGACAACCCCUUAUCAUUGACCAUCUAGCUAUGAGCUUCCAGAACCUCUCAUGACCGCAGCUGCCCAUCUGAAGGCUUCAAGAACCACUCAAACUAGCUGAUCUAGAACCACUCACACUAGCUGAUCUAGCUACUGUUGUAGCCUAUUUCUUUUUAAAUUACUUUUUGUUGUUUAUUUUGCUUAACAAGCACCUUGAGAUUCUGUCUGUAAUGGACAGCUAUAUACAACUUUAAUGUAUUAUUAUUAUUAUCCCUGGCUGACCCCAUGACCCCCAUUACCCUUGCUGUCUACCUUCCUAUCACUGUAUGACUCCUGGGCUAUGUCCCAAUUAUCUCUCCUUUCUCCCAAAGUGUUCACUUCCCUUCACUGAUCUGAAAUGAAAUAAUUGGUAUAAAAAACAUGAUGGAAGCUAGCCCAUACCUCCACCAAUCCAAUGCUUUUAGAUUUGUGGUAAGUAGUGAACAAGUGCACACUUCAGAUAAAAAGGUGAUGUUUAUUGGGACACACCCCUUAUAUCCUCUAUCACUGUAUGAACCUCCAUCACUGUCUUACUCGGUCAGCCUCAGCUGUCAGUUCUCCUGCUUGAUCUAACGUGGUCAUAAUAAGAAAGAGAAAAGUGAGAAUGUCCAGCAGAGCUCAUUGUAUGAAUGUAUCCCUGUACAAUAUCUGGAUGAAUGUAUAUAUUGUAUGUAGUCAAAUGUGUAUAGUCAGGUCAAUGUCAGUUGUCAGGCUGGCUCAGUAUCACAGUACAUAUGUAGGAUCUUAAUUUGAGCCAGUUUUCUACAGCAGGAAAAUAAUCCUGCAGCAACAGGAAAUGUGAAUUAUUAUGUGGACUAUAAUUAAUGGACAUUUUUUGUAGGUGUUGGUAAAUUUUUCGUUAAUUAGGCAAAUCAAGU